UGAUGAUUGGCUGAAUUCUUGCUCAUGAACUUGAGGUAAAUCUGACAAAUCCUGUUGCUUUUAGCCUAAACUCUGUCUGGACAUGGUUAGGAAAUAAAAUCUGGUUAUUAUGUACCGGAGUGAAUAGUCUGUAUUUUUAGAGUAAUAGUUGGAACUACAGGACUCAAAGACAAGAGGAGGCAUCCUAUCAAGAAUCUGUUCACUCAGUUUCCCCAAAGUUUUCUCCAGAUCAGACCCCAGUGUACAUCAUGACAGAUGUUUCCGCAACAUUGAGUGGGGCUGAGUGUAACGGGGAUGGCCCACCAGAAAAUGAUCAACAACCUACCACUAAGCGCAACGAUGAUGACACGACUGAUGUGGAUGGGACCUCACCAUUCCACAGGGUUGAGCUCAGUAGUGAAGGUUCACUCACCAAAGGAAACCAGGAAGAAAGUGGAAAAUCACAAGGAAAUAUGCUCCUCAACUUGUCCAUGGAUGAGAAGACCCCGAAAGAAAACCCAGAAGAGCACCUCUUUAUUGUUCAUAAGGCUAUCACAGAUCUUUCUCUUCAAGAAACAAGAGCUGAUGAAAUGAUAUUCAGAGAAGGACAUCAGUGGGAGAAGAUUCCUUUGAGCAGCACUGGCAACCAGGAGAUAAGUAGAGCCUCGGACAGUAUUAUGGAACAACUUCUACAGAAGACAGACGAGGAGAGUAAGAGUAAACCUAUCCGGGCAACAGAAAUUGAAUGGUUGGGAUUUCAGAGACGUAGCCAAGUUGUUGUAUUGCAUUCUAAGCAGGAGGAGGAGGAGGAGGAGCAAGAGGCUUGGGAUGAAGAAACUAAUGAUGAUGAUAAUUGCGAUGAUGAUGAUGAAGAUGAAGUCCGAGUGAUAGAAUUUAAGAGAAGGCAUGACGAGGGCCCCCAGUUCAAAGAAGAAGGUGAAGUAAAUGCGGACUCUCCACUAAGCAGCCCCAUUUCACAACCUGUGACACCCGAAGAGCCUCCAGCCUUAGGGAAGAAGGGUGAUAUCGCUAGAAAUGCUUACUCAAGAUAUAAUACAAUAUCCUAUCGGAAGAUCAGGAAGGGGAACACCAAGCAGAGAAUUGAUGAAUUUGAAUCUAUGAUGCAUUUAUAGACUAACUGGAAUUGAGAAAUUCUCCGGCUCGCUAAAACAAAAGCUAAUUUUAUCCUGCUGCGAAUCUUUCUAUAUCUUAUUUGAAUUCUCCCCUUGAAAGAUAUGCAAGUUUGCAGGGUUUUUUUUUUUCCACUGUAGAAUCAUGUGGAAAUAACCUUAGAGUUCAACCUGGUCACUUCAAAUUAAAAAA